AUGGAGAUCCGCCUCCCAGACCCAACGCACAAGUUCCAGCGGGACCGGGACAACACGUCCCUGGUCAUCUCAGCCGUGGAGGUAGAGGACAGCGGCUAUUAUUACUGUCAGCUCAAAACACUGUCGGACAAUCAAGAGGGCAGUGGAACACAGCUCAUAGUUCAUGUGCCCCCUAGUGUUCCUGUCGUGCUCCUGAAGGUGCCGCCUGCUCAGGGCUCUGAGCAGUUGAGCCUGCUGUGUGUGACUGGGGGCUUCACCCCAGCUCACUUCCGCCUCAACUGGACACGGACUCCAGCAGGAGAUCUGAUGGAGCCCAUCGGGCCUGACUGCUCCUGGGAUGCCACUGAUUCAGAGGGCAAAAGGUCAGACAACGUCACCACAUACUCACCAGAUGGGGAAGUCCCCUUGUACCUGUGGCAGAGCCUCAGUCAGUGCCUGCGUUUGGCGGGCGGCUCUGUGCGGUUCAGGCAGCUUGUGAGUGUGCUAGAGCUGCCACCUCAGGCGUCGCAGAGUGAUGAUGUCAUCUAUACGUGCUCGGUGAGUGGGCACCCGGCACUCACUGCAACCCUUUCUACAUCCUUCACAUGGGAGGCCCGUCCUAACAUGCUGAUUGGACACCUGAAUGUGCUGAAGAUGGCAGCCCUCUCUGUGAUGGUUUUGGUCCUCAUGGUCUCAGGAUUGAGAUGUAUGUGCAUCAAUAAAAGAAAAAUGGAUCAAAUCUUGCACAAUGACAUAACCCACAGAGUGCAAUAGGAGAGAGGCUUCUGAUCAAAGCUGAGGAUCACCAUCUUCCACAAGCAAUCACAUACUUUUGUUUAGACCUUGCUUAGCCACAGCAUGUUACGUGAUCAGUUGACAUGCACUGAUGACAAAGGAUGCUAAAACAACAUAAGACAAAUAAUCCUGUUCCCAUUCCAUACGUUAGCUGCAUCAAAAUCUGCAUAUGCUUUUCCUAUUCAUUUACAUUUUUAUAUUCAUUUAAUAUCAUCAACUGUCGUUUUAAAAAUGUACCUUGAUCAAUCCUAGUGUCAAUAUUUUCCAUACCCCACAGGCAUAUUGAUAUUGGUAUUGGCAUCAUUAGUGUUGUCACUGGGGGUAGGUAUUGGCAUCAUUAGUGUUGAAGGGAUAUAAUGAUAUCCCUUCUGACAACAACCUACCUGGCAGAUGUGUUUGACAAGAGGCUAUCUGAAGACUUGCACCUCACGUGCAAGAUGACCAGUGCAUUGUACUCACUAUAGCAGGGCACAGGCAAUGUUUGUUUUCCUCCCGUCUCGAAACGUGCUUUUAAUUAUAAACACAAGCCUACAAUUACUAUCACUCUCUAAACAUUUGAUCAGUAUAUGAGUCACCUGUUUAUCUUAAGCCUUGUCUUUGACUAAGCUGCAGUGGCUAUGUGUGCCAUAUACAAUAGAAAGAUAUAUACUGUAGAUAGACGAGACCUAGAAACAGCAUACAAGGCCAAAGACCAGAACACAGGAUAUGAGACGCAAUAACAUGCUACAGCUCUGGAAAGUUUUUUU